UUCCCAGAUCCAGCAGGGGCUUCCCCCAGGGACCAGCAGGCGUCUUUGCCCACGGAGCCCAAGUUCGACAUGUUGUACAAGAUUGAGGACGUGCCACCAUGGUACCUGUGUAUCCUGCUGGGCUUCCAGCAUUACCUUACAUGCUUCAGUGGUACCAUUGCUGUGCCCUUCCUCCUGGCUGAGGCGCUGUGUGUGGGCCGCGACCAGCACAUGAUCAGUCAGCUCAUUGGUACCAUCUUCACCUGCGUGGGUAUCACCACUCUCAUUCAGACUACAGUGGGCAUCCGGCUGCCGCUGUUCCAGGCCAGUGCCUUUGCGUUUCUGGUUCCAGCCAAGGCUAUCCUGGCUUUGGAGAGGUGGAAGUGUCCUCCAGAAGAGGAGAUCUACGGUAACUGGAGUAUGCCCCUGAACACCUCUCAUAUCUGGCACCCUCGGAUUCGGGAGGUCCAGGGUGCAAUCAUGGUGUCCAGCGUGGUAGAGGUGGUGAUUGGGCUGUUGGGGCUGCCUGGGGCCCUGCUCAGCUACAUUGGGCCUCUCACGGUCACCCCCACUGUCUCCCUUAUCGGUCUCUCUGUUUUCCAAGCUGCUGGCGACCGAGCUGGCUCCCAUUGGGGCAUUUCGGCUUGCUCCAUUCUACUGAUCGUCCUGUUCUCCCAGUAUCUACGCAACCUCACCUUCCUGUUGCCUGUUUACCGAUGGGGCAAGGGUCUUACUCUCUUCCGCAUCCAGAUCUUUAAGAUGUUUCCGAUCGUGCUGGCCAUCAUGACCGUGUGGCUACUCUGCUAUGUGCUGACCCUGACAGACGUGCUGCCCGCAGAUCCCACAGUCUACGGUUUCCAGGCUCGAACUGAUGCCCGAGGGGACAUCAUGGCUAUCUCUCCCUGGAUCCGGAUCCCCUACCCAUGUCAAUGGGGCCUACCCACAGUGACCGUGGCUGCAGUUCUGGGAAUGUUCAGCGCCACACUGGCGGGCAUCAUCGAGUCCAUCGGUGAUUACUAUGCCUGCGCCCGGUUGGCUGGAGCACCACCCCCUCCAGUCCAUGCUAUCAACAGGGGGAUUUUCACCGAAGGCAUCUGCUGCAUCAUCGCUGGGCUACUGGGCACAGGCAACGGGUCCACCUCUUCCAGCCCCAACAUCGGGGUCCUAGGGAUUACCAAGGUGGGGAGCCGAAGAGUCGUGCAGUAUGGUGCAGGUAUCAUGCUAAUCCUGGGGGCCAUUGGCAAAUUCACAGCUCUCUUCGCCUCACUGCCGGACCCCAUCCUGGGAGGGAUGUUCUGCACUCUUUUCGGUAUGAUCACCGCUGUGGGACUGUCCAAUCUACAGUUCGUGGACAUGAACUCCUCCCGCAACCUCUUUGUAUUGGGAUUCUCCAUGUUCUUCGGCCUCACGCUACCCAACUACCUGGAUUCCAACCCAGGUGCCAUCAACACAGGCGUUCCUGAAGUGGAUCAGAUCCUAACUGUGCUGCUGACCACAGAGAUGUUUGUUGGUGGCUGUCUUGCUUUCAUACUGGACAACACAGUGCCAGGGAGCCCAGAGGAAAGAGGCCUGAUACAGUGGAAAGCCGGGGCACACGCCAACAGUGAGACGCUGGCCAGUCUCAAGAGCUACGAUUUCCCGUUCGGGAUGGGCAUGGUAAAAAGGACCACCUUUUUUAGAUACAUCCCCAUCUGCCCAGUCUUCAGAGGAUUCUCUAAGACAGAAAAUCAGCCUGCAGUUCUAGAAGACACUCCAGACAACACAGAAACUGGGUCUGUGUGUACCAAGGUCUGAAACUACCUCUAUGAAAGGAGGCACGGUGUGUAUCAGGAAAACAAACUACCCAGGAGACAGAAGACCUGAGUUGGAGAUCUCAGCUGUCCCUAUUCCAAAUUCCCAUGGAAGAUUGGACAGAUCACCCUCUCUGUGACUCCAUUUUCAUGACAGCCCAAGUCUCUAAGUCCUCGAGAGACCUGUAUUUGCAUUGCUCUGAUUCCUCACUUCCACUUUCCUAAGCAUGCAUGUCAAGGAGGAAGAGCUGGAGAUAAAAAAGGAAACUCAGAGAGAUUCCAGGGCUUCAUGUAGACAUGACGAAACCAAACAAAACCCCCUGAAUUCCAAUGCUAUGUAUUUUAAGACCAAAACAGUAUUAAACAAUAUACUGGACCAAUAAUUUAGAUAAGUUUAGAUAAGUAUUCUCCCUUCACACAGGGAAAAUAAAUCUAUACUUUCAGACUA